UCAGUUGGUGAGCAACUUUCGAAGGCAGCGGUCGCGGAUCUCGAUUCGGUUUCGGUUUCGGUUUCGCUAUAUCCGAAGCGUGAGAAUAAAUAUCUCAGUCCGUUAGAAAAACUAUUUGCAUUUUCCGGGUCGCCAGCUAAAUAUUCGGAAUAUCCAAGAUGACGGACGAGGUGCCUGCCAAGGGCAGCAUAUUGGGCAAACUUGUGCCCGCUCGCUAUGUGUUGGCCCUGCUGGGCUCCAUCGGCAUGGCCAUUGUCUACGGACUGAAGGUGAAUCUCAGCGUGGCCAUGGUGGCCAUGCUGAACCACACGGCCAUCAAGGCCCACGGAGAGAGUAGCCAUUCGGAGCACGCCAGCUCGAAUGGCAGCCAGGUGGAGGAGUGCCUUCCGCCGGGAGGCAAUGCAACAGCAGGCGUUGCGCCUGAGAACGGACCCUUCGACUGGAGCGAACCGCUGCAGGGAACCCUGCUGAGCUGCUAUUUCUGGGGAUACCUCGUCUCCCAGAUCCCGUUGGCGCACGUGGCCGAGAACUUCUCGGCCAAGUGGGUGAUGCUCUUCUCGGUGGCCAUCAACGUGGUGUGCACCCUGCUCACUCCGGUAUUCACCAAUCUGCACUACGGCGGCCUGAUCCUGAUGCGAGUGCUCGAGGGCGUCGGCGGAGGAGCCUCCUUCCCCGCGAUGCACGUGAUGAUUGCCGCCUGGGCUCCGCCCACCGAGCGAAUGGUCAUGUCCACCAUCAUCUAUGUGGGCACGUCGGCGGGCACGGCUCUCUCGAUCCUCCUCGCCGGCGUUUGCUCGGCCAACUGGGGCUGGGAAUCGGUGUUCUAUGUGAUGGGCGCCCUCAGCUGCAUCUGGAUGGUGCUCUGGAUCAUCCUGGUGCAGGACAAUCCCAACAAGCAGCGGUUCAUCAGCCCCGAGGAGCGGCAGAUGAUCACCAGCUCGCUGGGCACCGAACAGAAGGUGGAGCACCAUCCCCCGGUCCCCUGGGCCAAGGUCUUCAAGUCCGUGCCCUUCUGGGCCAUCCUCAUCGCACACACGUGCAACAACUUCGGCUGGUACAUGUUCCUCAUCGAGAUCCCCUUCUACAUGAAGCAGGUGCUCAAGUUCAACGUGGCCAGCAACGCGGCACUCAGUGCCAUGCCCUACUUCCCCAUGAUCAUCUUCAGUAUUUGCCUCGGAAAGCUCUUGGACAGCCUGCAGGCCAAGGGUAAAAUAACCACCACGGUUGCCCGCAAGACGGCCACCUCGAUUUGCACUCUGAUUCCUGGAGUUUGUCUGCUGAUUCUCUGCUACAUCGGCUGUCGCCAUUAUGAGGCCGUGUCCGUCAUGUCCGUCGGCAUUGUGGCCAUGGGUGCCAUGUUCUCCGGCUUCCUGUCCAACCACAUCGAUAUUGCACCGAAUUUCGCCGGAACUCUGGUUGCGCUGACCAACACGGCGGCUACUUUACCUGGAAUUGUGGUGCCUCUUUUCGUGGGAUUUGUCACCAAGGGAAAUCAAAACAUUGGAGCAUGGCGCAUCAUCUUCGGCGUGACCCUUGUCCUGUUCGCUCUGGAAUUCCUCGUGUUUGUGUUUUUGGGCUCUGGCUCCGAACAGUCGUGGAAUAAGGCUGGUUCCCCCAAGGAUCCCGAGGCCAAGGAUGAAAAGACUCCGUUGAAGGAGCUGCCCGCAAAGUCCUAAGCCCAAACUCUCUUCAAUAACCCUGCCUCAAUUACUCGCUGCUAGCACCGAAUAAAAUGGUCAAUACUGGACUGUAAAUACCAAUUACAAAUUAUGCAAUGCCCCCCUGGAGUGGAGAUUUUAAAAUCUGGUUUCGAAACUAUCUCAGGGAUUUCCCAUUGACAUUCGAAAUAUUUUAAGAUCAUUUUGAAGCGCUGAUUUUAAGAUUCUCCAUUCGGAGGAUGCACUGUACGUUUUAGAUCGCUGUAACCCUUUAGUUAGUAGCCGUGUGCAAUUACGGACAAGCACUUCAGCCCGCCUAAUGUACUUAACACUCUUGAUUUCAAAAGUUGUCUACAAAUAAAGCGACGUGUUAGUGGA